GCCGGCCGGCGAUCUCCCGAAUCAGAAAGCGAGUAAACAGACAAUGCACUCCGACCUCGUGGACUUCUCACGAGUUGCACUCCGGCCCGUUCGCCAGGUGCUCGAGAUGGCCGCCGCCGCGGAGAGUGGAACCGGGGAGCCGGCGACCAACGGGGACAAGCCCGAGGAGGAGCCGCAGCAGUUCGACCCCAGCCGGAUGAUUGGCGUCAUCAAAAGGAAGGCGUUGAUCAAAGAGCUAGCUGCUGCUUACCAUGCUGAGUGUGUAGCCUUGGCUGUAGCAGAGCUACUGCAACUCCAGAAAAAGUGGGAGGAGGAGCAACUUGUUGAGGCCAAGAUGCCUGAAGAACUAAAGAUAUCGUCGGCGAAGCCUUCUAAGCGCAGGAAGAGGUAGAUUUAGAGGAUGAAGGGGGAGAAAAUAUUGCGAGCAGAAUGCCUGCUGCAUCAUAGUGCUGAAUGUUAGCUUAGUCGAGAGUAAUGUGUGUGAGCAAACAAUACACUCCUGAGUGUGCUACCCGUGAAGUGUGUAUAUGACGACGGUCUAUUUACUUUUUUU